AAAAAAAAAAUAAUUUCUUUAUAUAUUCAUAAACGAUUACCAAAUGAGUGAAAUAAUCGAAAUUUACAAUGAACCUGACAAAAAUGAAGUUGAUGAUGUUGAUAAAAUAGAUUUUGGUAAAAUCGAUGUUGAUGAAAAUGAUGUUGAUAAAAUAUAUGAACGACAUAAUGGCAAACCUAUUACUAUGAUAGAAAUAUCACCAAAUGAAAAAUACCUUAUUACUUAUAGUAAAGAAGAUCGUUCAAUUGUCGGUUGGAAUGUUAAAGAUAUUGAUAAGUUUCAUCUUAAAUUUGAUCAAACUGUUGAAAUUGAUGAAAAUAAUGAAGAUAAUGAAGAUAAUGAAGAUAAUAAAGAUAAUGAAGAUAAUAAAGAUAAUGAAGAUAAUAAAGAUAAUGAAGAUAAGAAAUAUGAAAUCGAAAGUUUAUGCGUUUCUGAUGAUAAGAAACUUGCUUAUAUUACUUGUAUUACUAACCAUCGUUAUAAUUAUGUUACUACAACUAUUACUGUAAUCGAUAUAAAUAAUAAAGAUAAAAAAAUUGUAUUAAAUUUUG